CACCAUGUGAAUUGGGAAGGGAUGACAAAGGGGAAUAAGAUGAAGCGGAAGGAGAUGCUGGAAAAGAAGAAGCUGGUGGAGGAGAAAAUCAGAGCUGCUUCUUGUGUGGAUAACCAUCUCUCCAGUUUUCCCACAUUUCUUCAUCACAACAGAAACGGUUCUUAAUUUUCUACUGCAGCAAUUUUCAUUAGGUUUUUUUUACCUCAUAUCAUUUUUCGGAAAACAGGAUAGCCUUACACUGCAAUUUGGGGAGCAGUUUAGUCUUGACCUGAACCAGUCUUGGACAAUGGAGGACAGUCGACUGGAGGGAGCACCUCUGCUAACUCUGAAGUUUUGUUUCAGGACUCAAGGCGCGAGUUUAAGCAUUUGCCAAAGCCUUUCCCCCUACAUCUUUAACCAAAACCAUUGGUUAUGCAAGAGUGCAAGAGGAGACACUUGAGGCCAGCAAACUUCAAGAGAUCACUAGCAGAUUCAUGAAGAUGAGCAGUUUGAAUUUUGAAAUGUCUGAUUUUGAGUCACCAACUGACAGUGAUCCAUCCAUAUCUAUACAUGUCAUCUCUGGAGGUAAUGGAUGCCAAACUAUGAUGGUCACUGGGUUUGUGGGAAAAAAGGCCCUGCAACUGUUGCUAGAUUCAGGGAGUAGUGGCUGAUGGUUACAACCUACAAUGUACUCAGGCUUGUCUCUGUACUUGGAACCCGGUCGUGGGAAUAAACUUUCUUCUCAACUGAAGCACUAUAUCCAAGGCCUCCUCAAGGUGAAUAUGAAGGGGCCAUAUGGAUCUGAGUGGCCAGAUGAAGAGAAGGUCAAGCGCAGGGAAAUGGUUGCACCAGAUGCACACUACAUAUUUUUAUACGAGAUCCCAAAUUCUGAUACCAAUCAAAUGUCUGCACUUGGUGGCCAGGAUAGGGAUAGAGUUAAAAGGAUGGAUGAUAAGUUCCCAAUAGUUGGAUUUGUACAUUACCGCUUCAUUGUAGAAGAAGAUACACCAGUUCUUUAUGUUUAUGAGUUGCAGCUUGAGAAAUGUGUUCAGAGAAAGGGCCUAGGGGAAUACUUGAUGCAACUAAUUGAGCUUAUUGCCAACAAGAGUAAAAUGGGUGCGGUGGUUCUGACAGUUCAAAGGGCAAAUGCUAAGGCUAUGAACUUCUAUACUACUAAACUUGGGUAAUUUUUUGUUUUACUAUUAAAACUUCCAGUAUACUGCAGAAUAAGAUUAAGAAUCUCAUUUUUUCCUGAAUAGUUACCCAGCAUUAUAAGGAUAAAUAGUUGAGUUAAUAGCAUGGUUUUUGGUUCUAAAAAAAUAGCAUGGUUUGUCUCCACUGUAGUGGUAAUAUUAUUUUGGUCCCCAAAGUAGAAAUAUUGUUUUGGUCUUAUUGUUAGUUUAACCAUUAGAGGCAACCAGUCAUUCUUUAAUGUGUUAAUUGACCUUUCUAGGAUACAUGCUCGUCGAAACAAGGAAGUCUAUAUAAAGCAACCUUUGUGGUUUGUUCCUUGGUGAUUUGGUGGGAGUAUGGGAAGACUAGAUUUUUGUCAAUUCGAAAGGAGCUAACAACUUCCCUCGUGCAUUUGAUGCCCUUGGAAUGAUUUUGAAACUGAUGAGAUAUAUUUGAAGCUGAGCUCAGAUCCAUCGCAACCCCAAAGACUUUAUCACUUGGGGCAUUUUGAAGGCUAAACAAUGGUACACUGGAAGUAUCUAAACACGAUUAAUAAAUUCUCUAAUGGUACACAGUGUCUUCUAUUUCACCAUCCAGAGUAGGACUACAAACAAAUUAUGAGAUUCUAUGUAAAACUUUUUGUCAUGAAGCUAGAGAAAAGCUGGAGGUGGAUCCCGCAACUCACGUCCCCAAAGCAAAUCAACAUCGUCUAUGAGAACUUGAUAUUAGUGGUUUGGAAGACUUCCAUUCGGGCAUACAAAACAAGCCUUUGAUUUAUUUAUAAUAAAACUCUAAAAGUAAGUUUAACUAUAAUGAGAUAGUUAUCAGAGUACAAUAUAAAUGCUGUUUGUGGUUGUGAAGAUUUUCCCGCCCACUGACCUGAAAAGCACAAUGUUUAAGGUCUUCAAGUUGUACAAAUGGAGUAAUUAAAAACAAAGUUGAUUU